AUGGAAAAAAUUUUAUUGACCAGACUAUCUGAUGAAAUUGCCACGCUUCUUAAACACGAAGAUACAUGCGACAUUGUUAUUGUAGCCGGAACGGGCAUGGAUCAAAUGCAGUUCAAAGGCCACUCGUUGAUAUUAUGCGCUCGAUCGGAAUACUUUGCUGAAGCAAUCAAACAGAGAUUGAAUGUUAAGGAAGAAGGACUGCAAUUGUAUCGUGACUCUUUCAUUGACUUGAGUAAUAUACCAUCGAAUUCAUUUGAACUCAUUUUCAGAUAUCUCUACUCUGGAGUCAUCGACCUAAGUAAACUUACCAUCGACACUAUUUUUACUCUUAUUGACCCUCUUCAUGAAUUGUACUUGCACGAUCUGAUAGACUACAUUCAAGAGUAUCUCAUCACUAAUCAACAUCGAUGGAUUUACACAGAGUUCAUUUCUACUUAUUACAUUCUGUCGGAUAUCAAACAUAUACCAAAGUUCCGUAAAUUCGUUAAUGAAUUGGUAUGCACCUCACCUGAACUACUACUCAGGUCAGAAGAUUCUACUAUUAUUGACGAAGAUUUAUUAACAGAUCUACUGAGAAGAGAUGACAUUAACAUGCCAGCAGCAGAAAUAUGGGACAGAUUACUGGAAUGGGCAAGGGCUAAUCCCAUUAUAUCCGCUGACAUCACCUUGUCACAAGAAAAGACAUUAGCAAACACAUUGAAGGAUUUUUUGCCGCUGGUGCGUUUCUUUCAAAUGUCAAAAAACGAAUUUCUGGAAAAGGUAUUGCCGCUAGAUUCUAUUAUACCACGAGAAUUAUUUCGAGAAUUGGUAUCUUACUACUUAAUAGAUAUCCGUUCAGAUGAUCUUAUAUUACCAGCUACUUGCUACACAGAAAGAAUUGAGGAUGAUUCAUCCACUGUGGUAUCAACUGAAUCAAUCAUAGACUCUGAGUUAAUCGACUGGCAAACUGUCGCAUGGUUUGCUUGUUGUAUACAGCAAUCAGAGACAACACAAAAAUUGGAUGACCUUCUAGAAUGUCCAAGUGAAAUACCUUUCAUAUUUACUCUAUUAAUGCGAGGCAGCGAAGUAUGUGCUACAGCAUCAAAGUUUCAUAAUCUAUGCGAUUAUGAAGGACCAACUAUCACCAUAAUUAAGAUAUUUGGUACAGAUGAAAUCAUUGGGGGCUAUAAUCCCAAUCAUUGGAGUAAGGAUAACAGGAAUCCGAGAACUAGAAAGAGUUUCCUAUUUGCUAUUGGACGAAAUAACUAUGAACAUGUGAUCAGCAGAGUCGUCAAUACUACGUAUGCUGUUCAUUCUUCUCAUGAUCUUGGCCCAUGCUUUGGAUUCAGUGAUCUCCGAAUUGAAGACAAUUUUAUGGAUGGGCAUUAUAGUUAUGCUAGGCAUGAUGAUUACGAAGGUCCAAUACGAGAAAGUACAGAUAGCUUUAGAAUAAAAGAAAUUGAAGUGUUUAGGGUAGAGCAAAAGAGAAAAGAACUACUUACUAUCUAG